CACCGCUGCAGAGGAACGAGGGAGGCUGGAAAUCUGGUGCAGAAGGGCAAGGAAGAACAGCAGACUUUUAGAAAAUGCCACAUCUCCCGCAUAGCUGAGAAAGUGCUUUAAUUAUUGUUUGGAACUUUCUCAAUCUCCCAGUACCCAGGAUUGCAAUUUUUUUAAAGAUCUUCAACAGAAAUAUAUUUGGGAGCAAUAUUAGGAAUGGCUUUACAUGCCAAGCUGAGGGUAAUGCGGAGCAGAAAGGUGGCUUGCUUCCCUCUUUCUCUGCUUGCAAGAAACACCAAGGCUUUCUGGUGAGAAAAGCUACCUAUGAAAAUCUUUGCCACUGGUGCUCUCUACCGAAAGGGCCUGCCAAGGAAGCCUGCCUCUGCCAUGAAGCAGCUCACAGAAGAGGCGGUGCAGGGCUACCUCCAGAGAAAGGUGGACCUGAGGCACCGUAUGGUGUCCACAACUGUGGCUGAGGUGCAGAAAACAAUCCAGCGGCUGACGGCUGAAAUUAGCAAGAAGGACUCCCGUUUCCAGGCCAUCUCCAGCUCUGGCGUUCAUCAUGAGAACCUGAAAGUCUUAGCACCCAGCCAUUUCCUCAUCACUGUCCCCUUGGUUGGCUUGACGGGGUACAAAGAUCGCCAAGUGCGGCACUGGCGUUACUAUACAGUGAAUGGAGCAAAGCUCCUGUCUCCGGUCAGGGACCCCGAGGAGCCCCAGCAGUGGCUGGAAGUGGAGCAGUUCUCCAAGAGCCUCCCACAGUGGCACGAGGCCGACGUCAACAUUCAGGGAGACCUUGUGCCCGCCAGAGUCCUCGCUGUCCUCCGAGACCUCGUAGAGAAAUCGAUCCAAACUUGCAGUCUCACGGACAAAGUCAGUAUUGUGGAAGGUUACAGCUCUGCAGUCCAUGUUGCUGUCGAGACCCCCGAUUUCCAGGUGGAGGUCGAGCUGGUUCCAUCAGUCGAGAUCCCAACUUGUUGGCCUCAAAAGUGCGAGUGGCCCCGAUGCAUCAAGCGCUGGCCUUGCCAGGAAAAAGUGGGGUGUGUUAAGUCUUUUGGCUUUGACCUCUGGGCCUAUUCCAAUUACCACUGGCAGAAGAGCUUCACUCGAGCUGAGCAUGUCCUGAUGCAGGGACUUGAUGAGGAUGGCGGGUGUCGCAUGACUUGCUUCCGGGUGAUGAGGCAGAUGAAGGAGGAUGUUUGGUGUGCAGGGAGCAAGCCGGUUCUCACAUCCUUUCACCUGCAGAUGGUGCUUUUCUGGACUUGUGAGAAGUACCCUCGCUGCAAGGACUGGCACUGUUUCCGCAAAGCCUUCCUGAGAGUCGUCCAGAAGCUGCACAAAUGUGUGAGCCAGCAUUUUCUGAAGCAUUAUUUCCUCAAGGACACCAACCUGCUGAAGUAUGCCAACACCAAUGACUUGGAUGCGGUGGCAGGAAAGCUGGCCAUCUUUUUGGAAAACCCUGCGCUUCCCCAGGACUGAGCGGAAAGUGGGAAGGAAGGCUUUGCAGCUGCUCAUCCGAGUACGUGGGGGUGGGAAGCCAGCACAGAGAGGCACAAAGUGAAACAAGGCCUUGUGGUGUUCUGCCUCUCAGGAUUUGUUUGCUUCAGUCCAUCUCUUGCCUCCAGGGAAGACGUGGACAACGUACACGGGUUGGUGGGGUUUUCAAGGCAAGAGACUAUCAGAGGUGGUUUGCCGUUGCCUGCCUCUGCAACCCUGGUCUUCGCUGGCAGUCUCCCAACCAAUUACUAACUAAGGCCAACCUUGCUGAGCUUCUGAGAUCUGCUGAGCUUCUGAGAUCUGCCAAGAUCAGGCUCACCUGGGCUAUCGAGAUCAGGGCUUUUCUGAGAGAAGCCCCAUUGAAUAGAACUGCGUAGGAUUCUGAGCAGAGCCCCUUAGGAUGGCCCUCCAUCAUGACUACAUCUGUUGCCCCCGUCACCCUGGCCUGGGUGAGAGGCACUCCAGCAGCAGUGGCCGCUUGUUGUCAUUGUUACCAUCAACAUGCGCAGUGCUUUUUGGACUAAGACUAACAAAGGUGGAGCUAGAGAAGGAGGAAAGGUGGAAAAGAUGCCUAUGAGGGCAGAGCGUGCAUUCAGUUGCAUGUCCUCGGGGUUUGCUUUGCCGGGAAGGGCCUGUGUGGAGCAAGGCAUUGUGCCACAACAUUUCUAAGGAAGAGAGGGAGAGGUGGCUGAAGCCACAAUGUGCUGCAGGUGACAGGCGAGGUGGGAAUGCUUAGAAGCCUUGCAAGGACCCUGAAGAUAGCGUCACGUGCAGACGCAGCUGUUCGCAAGGGAUCCUGGUCCUUGGGAACUCGCUCUAACCCCCUUCACAAGCAUCCCUUUGAGUUCUAACAAUGCUUUUAAAAAAGAUUUAUAUGUAUUUUCUUUUUAAAAACAAAAUGAUAAUA